AUGUUACUGGCUGUGUAUUUCGCGGCGCUGCUCUGCGCCGUGCUCGGCCGUGCCCAGGAGAUCGACCCGUUGUCGAAUCUGCGCCCCAACAAUGUGACGGGCCUCAUCUACUAUCUCUACCGAUGGACAGGCUCGUACUACAAUGGGACGACGACGCUGCGCAUCGACCCGCAGGAUAUGAUGGACGACACCGAAUGCGACACCUUUGCCAAGGGGCCAGUUGAGAUCUCGUUUGAGAACUCGCUCCUCGCAAUCGUCAAGUCGAACCGCUACGUCCCCGACCAGAAUGAGGUCACCUUUUCGCUCAGCUUCUGGGACAAGAGCCUUAACAUUACGCCCGCGAGAAACAAUGACGACGGCCCCAUCAACGACAUUCAGACCAUUUCUCUGAACCGCUACACCAAGCCGUCUGAGACGCUACCUCCUCCAUGGCGACUCAACACGUCGCACAUCGGCGGCACGUCGUACUCAUUCAGCGGGUACCGCAACUACACGCAGCAGCAGAUUGUCGGCUUCAAUUACAGCACGUGCAAGUCGUCGGCGCUCGAUGAAUACGCAGGCGCGCUGCUCAACCCGUCCAAGCGCAAGAGCCACCUCGACACGCUCAACGUGACGGCACUGCCCUUUGUGAGCGGGCGCUUCGACAACAAUUCCGCGAGCAUCGACAUCCGCGCCGUCAUCAAGAGCGGCAACAAGGGCGAGGACCACAAGGAGGGGAGCUUCCUCGGCGGGCCCAUCACGAUCAGUUUUCUGGGGAAGAUUGAUGCAGAUAGGUCCGAUUUGCUUCUAUCGAGCUCCAACGAUACGCCUGUGUGGAACUCGACGCUGGGGUAUCAGAGAGACUUGAUGGGGAGUACCAAUGCGGGCUGGAGCGUCCGCGUUGGCGGGUGGACAGUGGGCGCCGUGGCUAUCGCGGCGCUAGCUUGGCUGUUGUAG